CUGGGGCGCGCAGGCCGGGAGGAGCCGACCGCGGGGCCGGGAGUGCGGCGGCGGCGGCGGCAGCAGCAGCAUGGGUCCUCGCCCGCGGCUUCGCUGAACCUCACUGGCCUGGGCUGCCCGCGGCGCCCGCAGCGGCGGCGUCAUGAAGGGGGCCCUGGGGAGCCCGGUAGCCGCCGCGGGCGCCGCGAUGCAGGAGACGUUCGGCUGCGUCGUGGCUAACCGCUUCCAUCAGCUGCUGGACGACGAGUCGGACCCGUUCGACAUCCUGCGGGAGGCCGAGCACCGGCGCCAGCAGCAGCUGCAGCGCAAGCGUCGCGAUGAGGCGGCGGCGGCCAGCGGGGCCGGGCACCGUGGCGGCAGGAGCCCGGCUGUGGCCUCAGGACACAGGCCUGGCGCAGGCGGCCGCAGGGAGUCGCAGAAGGAGCGCAAGAGCCUCGCGGCGUCCGGCGCACAGCAGCCAGACAGCCCUGGGGGCCCGCAGCCGCCAGGCCAGAAGCGGACUCCUAGAAGAGGGGAGCAACAAGGAUGGAAUGACAACAGGGGGACAGACGUGGUGCUUGAUAGAGCAGAGCGAAGGUCCUACAGGGAAUACCGGCCCUAUGAGACUGAGAGACAGGCUGACUUGCCAGUGGAGAAGUUUACCGAUGAAAAACCAGUUGACAGGUUUGAUCGAGACAGACCACCGAGAGGACGUGGAGGCCCCAGAGGAGGCCUGAGGAGCAGAGGCCGAGGCGGUCCUGGGAACAGAGCUUUUGACUCCUUUGACCAAAGAGGGAAACGAGACUUUGAGAGAUACAGUAGCAAUGAUAAAACAAACAGAAUGGAGGACAGUAUGGGUGGCUGUGGCAUUCGCCCCUGGGGAUCAGGUAAAGACACUAGUGAUACAGAGCCACCUGCACCCAUGGAAGAGACCUCGAUGAUGGAGGAGUGCCAGGGCGCCUUGGACGAGGAGUCUGCAGCCAAAGUUCCUGAGUUGGAGGUAGAAGAGGAAAACCAAGUCCAAGAGAUGACCUUAGAUGAGUGGAAAAACCUUCAAGAACAAACCAGACCAAAGCCUGAGUUCAAUAUUCGGAAGCCAGAGUCCACAGUUCCUUCCAAGGCGGUGGUGAUUCACAAGUCCAGAUACAGAGACGAUAUGGUGAAGGAGGACUAUGAGGACGAGUCUCAUGUCUUCCGGAAAGCUGCCAAUGACAUCACAUCCCAGCUGGAGAUUAACUUUGGUAACCUCCCUCGCCCUGGUCGGGGAGCCAGAGGCAGUACCCGGGGAGGCCGAGGAAGAAUGAGAAGAACAGAGAACUAUGGCCCCCGUGCAGAAGUGGUAACCCAAGAUGUUGCUCCCAACCCGGAUGACCCUGAGGACUUCCCCGCCCUGGCCUAACAGCCACUCCCCUGCAGCAGAGCAGCACUAUGAAGAGACUUUCCUUGCCGCGAGAAGAGUCAGACUCUAAGAACAAUAGAUGUUGCUUUUCCCGUGUCGUGUGAAGUCAUUGCACUUUUUUUUGCUCUGUGGAGUUCCCAUGAGGUCAGGCCCUUUCCCCAGAUAGAGACUUUUGUAAGGGAUAAUGUUUAAAAUGUGUACAUAGAUUCUAACAAUUCCAGCACAGAAGUACAGAUUUAAAGUAAAUUAGAAAAUAGAACUGCUGGGCACAGUGGUGCAGGCCUUUAAACCUAGCACUUGGGAGGCAGUGGCAGGCAGAGUUCAAGGCCAGCCUGGUCUACAGCCUGAGUCUUGAAAAACAAGACGAGGAAAGUCCUUUAGUAAUCCAGGACACAUGGAGAACUGCUCAUGUAGAGCAGUCCCACCCCUAAUUUUCAUACUAUUCACCUGCUCAAUUCUGAGAAAAUCCCUGAGUUGUGGUUUAGUUGUGCACCAGGGACAGCCACUCUGAAGCAGAGGAAGUACUGGUUUUCAGUAGUGAUUUAAACUACCUCGUGGUCUGUGCGUGCACACAUCCUCCGUAUGUGUGAGCAGACUUAGGGUUCAGGUGGUUGUUGAGUAUAAUCAAAUGAAGAGGUUUCCUGUAUUUUUUCCCCCUCCCUCAACACUGCAUUUUGGAAUUCAGUACUGUGGACUGACUUGUAACGCAAUCGCAUUUCCUGACUGUGAACAUGGGCUUGGGCCUUCCCCUGGGCUGGGCCCCAGUUCCCGUGUUGUUCUUAAGGCCUCUGGUGGAGGUUUAAGGUUAGGGACCACCUCAGAGGCUCAGUCACCCCAAACAGCUUGAGACCUAGGGCCACCCACCCACCGGCAAAACUAGGGAAGAUUCAUUGUAUGUGGGAGGGACUAGCCAAGGUGUUGGACAGCUGUAGAGAUUAGGAAGGGAGGUUUGCCUGUUGUGCUUGCAAUGGAACCUUGCUACCCACCUUGGCCACAAAGUCUGAGAUGGUGCUGAACUGGAACCCAGGUAUAAAUGAAGGUUGGUAUUAUAUUCCCUCUGAACUCUUGGGGUUUGGUUGAGUCAUCAAAGUUGAAGCUCUCUAGACAUAACUAUUGAGGAUGUUGCUUUGGGUGACCACCUGCUUCUGACCCCAUGUUUAUUAAAUGAAUGAGUACAAAGGUA